AUGUCCGGAUCGUUCGCGUUGCCCACCCGUCAAUUGAACCUCUUCGGUUCCCGGACUGCUCAACAACAACAGCAGUUUCAGGCGCAGCAGCUACAGGCGCACCAAGUUCAGCAGCAAUCCCAACAGCAGUCGGCUCAGCAUGGACUUGCUCUGCCGUCGGGUAACCCCUACCUCCAACAACCUUCGAGACCAGGCCUCGCCCUACCAGGUCCUUCGCCGCUGUCAAACUCUUAUCAACCCCCACAGCAGCCUUCAUCAUCACAGUCAUCGUCGCAGACGCCCCCAUCAGCGACGAAUGCCGUCGCUGGACCUUCCACCCCCGCUGCCACCCCUGCUCCAGCAACGCCCAUCCCUCUUACGCUAGAGCAGCAGCACAUCACUGCUGUCGAGGGCAUUGUACCCACUCUACAAAACAUCGUUGCCACGGUCAACCUCGACUGUCGCCUCGACCUCAAAACUAUUGCCUUACACGCCAGGAAUGCCGAGUACAAUCCUAAGCGUUUUGCGGCCGUCAUCAUGCGUAUACGCGACCCCAAGACGACGGCACUUAUCUUCGCGUCGGGCAAGAUGGUCGUGACUGGUGCCAAGUCAGAAGACGAUUCCCGGCUCGCGUCAAGAAAGUAUGCACGUAUCGUGCAGAAACUCGGCUUCGAUGCCAAGUUUUCUGAAUUCAAGAUUCAGAACAUUGUGGGUAGUUGUGACGUGAAGUUUCCUAUUCGUUUGGAGGGCCUCGCAUACAGUCACGGGCAGUUCAGUAGUUAUGAGCCGGAGUUGUUCCCUGGUCUCAUCUAUCGCAUGAUCAAGCCCAAAGUCGUGCUACUCAUUUUCGUCUCGGGCAAAAUUGUGUUGACUGGUGCCAAGGUAAAUAUGUUCUAUUUUGUUGCGCCUUUGUGCCUGUUCGAUAUCGUUCAGUGCGUGCAUCAGCCAUGGUCGUGA